AUGUCGGUAACAAACGAACCAAUGGAAACCUCUCAGAUGGGGACCACUAGUCUUCCUAGACCGAAUAAUUCAAAUACCUUAGCAAAUAAUAGUGAUGCCAGUACGCUAGGAUUGAAUACCUCAAAAUUAGAUCUUAAAGAUUAUAUUGAAGUAAUAGUUGAUUUCGAUGGUUCAGAUGGUCGUAAAGUUCAACGAUUUGUACAAUAUUGCGAAACUAUAAAACCACUAAUUCCUGCAUACGGAGAUGGAUUUUUGGCACGUAUGCUGAUGACUGAAUAUCAGUUAAUCUCAGAAUUCGAUAGUAUCAAAAUCAGACCUGGAGAAAAACUCAUAAAUUUCAACUUCAGAAUUGGUCAACACAUGACAAACACUCUUAGGGAAAUCGAAUGUACAGGCAGUGAAACGGCAGAUGCGGAAAAAUUAAUGACAGCCCGCAAAGCCGUAAAAGCCUUUAUUCGCGGAGUUCCAGUGGAUAUCGCCAUGGUACUUAUAGACAGAGGAUUCAAAAAUUUGAAAGAAGUAGGAGAGGAAGCGGUUAAAUUGCAAGCUGAAAGAAAAGAAUUCCCUCAAUUUAGAAAAUUCUGUAAUGACUUAAUGUCUGCAGAUCAAAAGGAUUGCUUCGCUAUCCAAAAUUCGGACAAAAAUCAAUUUAAUAACUCAAAUCAACAUAAUAAUCAAAUUCGCAAUAAAAAUACAUAUUCAGGAAUAGCUGACCAAAAACGUGUAGGAAAAUUCUGUAACUACUGUAAAAAGAACAAUCAUUCAAUUGCGGAAUGCCGAGCACGACCGGAUCCUAAUGGACAACAAACAAAUUACAGACAAAAUAAUCUUCACUCGAACUUAACGUGUAAUUAUUGCAAAAAACCAGGACACAUAAUUCGCGACUGUCGUAAACGGAAAUAUAAUAAUGCCAAACGCGAAAUUGAAAAUGUCACCCGAGAAAAUACCCAAACGCAAAAGCAGACGGAAAACCAGAUACCUUUUCCUCGUUCAGGCGUAGCGGAGGAAAAAGAACAAACUAAAUUACUAGUAGACAGCGGAUCACAAUUGAACUUAAUUAAAAUCAGCGAAAUCAAAGACGAAACCGCGGUCGAUGAAUCAAUCAAAUAUGAACUUAACGGAAUAUCAAAGAACGAUAAACCAACGACACUUGGACAAAUAACUUUGAGAAUGAAUAAUACAAUUGGACAAUUUCACGUAAUCCCAGACGACUUUCCCAUAGAACAUGCAGGUAUCUUAGGCUCGCAAUUUAUGUAUAAUAACGGUGGAAACACCGAUUACCUUACGAGGCAUGUAACAUUUAACGGUGAAAAGAUAGCUUUUUCAGACAAAGAGAGCAUCAUGCUACUAGAAAAAGGUUAUGUACCACAUUUGGACAUGCGUAAAGACAUCCUAGCUGGGGCAGCCUUAGUCACUAAUAAUAAUGGCAUAGCGUAUUUAUAUGCAAUAAAUACAUCGGAUAAUGAUAUUAAGAUAGAAGUGCCCGUAGUUCCUCUGUAUCCUUUCGAUACGAGUGUAGACGAGGACGAUAAUCCAAAUGAUACAAAAACGGCAGAACACAAAAUAGGUAUCCGUGCGCAAGGAAACCGUGUUAGUGACGUUACAAAUCUUUUGAGAUUAGACCAUCUCAAUUCAGAAGAGCGUAGAGCAGUAGACACUCUAAUAGAAGAAUACUCUGACCUCUUUCAUAUCGCAGGCGAACCCUUAAAAGCUACAGAUACCUCGACGCAUAAAAUUUUAACAUCUGACAAUAUACCCGUAAACACGAGACAAUACAGACACCCACCUUUUCAGAAAGAAGAAAUAGAAAAGCAAAUGACAAACUUGUUAGAAAUGAAUAUCAUAGAAACUUCGUGCUCACCUUAUAACUCACCUCUUCGGAUAGUACCCAAAAAGGAAGAUUCGCAAGGCAAUAAAAGAUGGCGACUAGUUAUCGAUUAUCGCAAAUUAAACGAUAAGACAAUCGGAGACGCAUAUCCCUUACCCUUAAUUACAGAUAUCUUAGAUCAGCUUGGUGGAGCUAAAUAUUUUUCAAUAUUCGAUUUAGCCUCGGGAUUCCACCAAAUUAAAAUGCACCCGGAGGAUAAGCAUGAAACAGCUUUUACGACACCACAUGGGCACUAUGAAUUCAAUAGAAUGCCUUUUGGAUUAAAAAAUGCACCCGCAACUUUUCAACGACUAAUGGACGUAGUUUUACGAGGACUACAGGGAAACGAAUUCCGAAUCUAUUACGAAAACACAGAAAAAUAUAAAAGAAUUUUUGGGAUUAGCCGGAUAUUAUCGUAG